AGUCCAAUUGCCGCUGUCUCUUCUACUGUUUUGUUAUUUGUAUCACCUCUUUCUCUUCUUCAUUCCCUCGCACUGUCGCACAGUCUCCUUCACUAACACCUACGUUAUUGACAUAUACGCACGAUGCAGCCCAAGCAGAAGGCAGCUCUCGGCAUCAACGGCACCCGCAUCAGCGGCAUCGCCGUGCGCCGCGAGAAUGUGACGGCGGCGAUGGCGGUCGCGAACGUCGUGAAGUCCUCCCUGGGCCCCAUCGGCCUGGACAAGAUGCUCGUCGACGACAUCGGCGACGUCGUCGUGACCAACGACGGGGCAACGAUCCUGAAAAGCCUCGACGUGGAGCACCCGGCGGCCCGCCUCUUGGUUGACCUCGCCCAGCUGCAGGACAAGGAAGUCGGCGAUGGCACCACCUCCGUCGUCAUCCUCGCUGCGGAGCUGCUGAAGCGCGCGCAGGACCUCGUGAGCCAAGGCAUCCACGCAACGAGCAUCAUCGCCGGUUACAAGCUGGCCAUGCGGGAGGCGCUGCGCUACAUGAACGAGAACCUCUGCUGUCCGGUGGAUAGCCUCGGGAAGGACGUGCUGCUGAACGUAGCCCGCACAUCGAUGUCCAGCAAGAUUCUGAACAACGAUGCGGAUCUCUUCUCGAAGAUUGUGGUGGAUGCGAUCAUGUCAGUCAAGACUGUCAACGACUUCGGCGACGUCGUGUACCCGCGUAAGGCCGUCUCUGUCCUCCUGCAGCACGGCAAGAGUCUGCACGAGUCGCGGCUGGUGCACGGCUUCGCGAUGAACCUGUCCCGCGCGGCCCAGGGCAUGCCGACCUCCGUCAAGAACGCGAAGAUCGCACUCCUCGACUUCGACCUGCGCGCCGUGAAGAUGAAGCUCGGCAUCAACAUCACCAUCACCGACCCUUCCAAGGCGGAGGCGAUUCGCCAGCGCGAGCUCGACAUUACGAAGGAGCGCAUCCAGAAAAUGAUCGCGGCCGGCGCCAACGUGAUCAUGACGACGUGGGGCAUCGAGGACAGCAUGAUGAAGUACAUGGUGGACAACAAAGUCCUGGGCGUGCGCCGCGUCAAGAAGGACGACAUUCGCCGCAUCGCCAAGACCACCGGCGCACAGGUGGUGCACACCAUGUCCGACCUCGAGGGGGAGGAGAUUUUCGACGCCAAGUGGCUCGGCCGGGCAGAGAAGGUUUACGAGGAGCACAUCGGCGACGAUGACUGCAUCGUCAUCACCGGCACCCCCAAUACCGUCUGCGCCACCAUCGUCUGCCGCGGUGCGAACUACUUUAUGUUAGAGGAGAUGGAGCGGGCACUGAAUGACGCGCUGUGGGCGGUGGCCCGCACCUGCGACGCCAGCUCCGUCGUGGCAGGCGGCGGCUCUGUCGAGGCGGCCAUCUCCGUCUACCUUGACAACUUCGCCCGCACGCUGAGCUCGCGCGAGCAGCUCGCGGUGGCGGAGUACGCGGAGGCGCUGCUGGUGAUCCCGAAGGUGCUCGCGCUGAACGCGGCGCUCGACGCCACUGACCUUGUCGCGAAGCUGCGCGUCGAGCACACGCAGGCGCAGAGCAGCGGGCAGCAGAGCGAGUCGCGCUUCACCGGCUUGGACCUGCAGAAUGGUCUGCUGCGCAACAACAUCAAGGCGGGCGUGCUGGAGCCGAAGCCGAGCAAGAUCAAGUCGCUGCAGUUUGCGACGGAGGCCGCCGUGACGGUGCUGCGUAUCGACGACUGCGUCCGCCUCAACCCCGAGGAGGACGAGCAGCAGCAGCGGUAG